ACCUCCGUGGCCGCGGCUUGGCAGGGGAGGCCGCGGCGCCGCUAUGGAGGCCGCAAAGGGCGGGUUCGUCCUCAGCAACCUGGCCGAGGUGGUGGAGCGCGUCCUCGGCUUCCUGCCCACCAAGGCGCUGCUGCGCGCCGCUUGCGUGUGCCGGCUGUGGAGGGAGUGCGCCCGGCGGAUCCUGCGGGCACGGCAGCGCCUCGCCUGGGUGUCCGCGCUGGAGCCGGGCCCCGCCGACAGCCACGCGCUGGUGCGCGCCAUGGCCCGCGAGCUCGAGAAGGUGCAUGUGCUGCCCCAGACCGUGCUGUACAUCGCCGAUGCGGAAACCUUCAGCGGGCAUGAGGAGUGUCACGAGCAGAAGAAAGCCAGGAAAAGAAACAGUAAAGAAACAGCAAUUGCACUUGAAAAACUGUUGCCAAAGCGAUGUCAGGUUCUUGGACUGGUCACUCCAGGGAUUGUAGUUACCCCGAUGGGUUCAAGCAGCAAUCAACCUCAAGAAAUCGAAGAGGGUGAAGCUGGGUUUGCUUUGUUGUUUCCCAAAAUUGAUGGGGUAAAAAUUCAUACCUUCCAUUUUUCUAAAGAUGUGAAGAACAGGGUCUUUGAUGAAAGCAAAUUUGCUGAAGCAGGUCUGAAGAAUAACCCAGAUCUCCGGGUGGUUCUUCUGUUUGGCUACAACUCCUGGAAGCCUGGAGCUACUCGAUUUCUGCAUCAAAUAGUCAAUCCUUUGAAUGAAAAAAGUAUCAUCCUGGCUGGGGGGCAAGUGGAGAGCUUUACAUCAUUGACCUCUGAGAAUAACAAUGCCCAGCCCGGCGAUGCCUGCGGUGUGGUUGGGCUGGCUUUCAGCGGUCCCCAGAUCCAGAGUGCCACUGUUCUGUUAGACCAGGAUGUAGCUGAUGAGAGGACAGCAGAAGCCGCCAUGCAGCGUCUCAAAGCAGCAAAUAUCCCUGAGCAUAACACCAUUGGCUUCAUGUUUGCGUGUGUUGGCAGAGGAUAUCGGCAUUAUAAAACCAAAAGGAAUAUGGAAGCAGAUGCAUUUAGGAAGUUUUUUCCAAACGUUCCCCUCUUUGGCUUCUUUGGACAUGGGGAAAUAGGAUGUGAUCGAAUAGUUACUGGGAAUUUCGUAUUAAGAGAAUGUAAUGACAUAAAGGAUAACCUGCUUCAUGGCUACACUACCGUUAUGACUCUUAUUCAUCUUGGGUCAGCUAAAGCAAACCAAGCAUAAAUAUGUUUUUAAUGUUUCAGUGAGCUGUUAGUUUCGCUCCAGAAAGGUGAGAAGCGUGGAAGAGUGGACAUCUUGCAGGCAAAGCGCCUUCCAGAAUGCAAACAUCUUUUUGGUAAUAUUAUCAAAUCUUGUAGUUGGAAUAGAGUUUAAUAUAAGAUACCUGCAAGAAAGCUUUGCAUUUUGUGUACACAUCUGAAUUGCAGGUGAGUUGUAUUUGAUGGAAUUCUGCAAUUGAAGAAAGCCUCUUUCUUCCCAAGUGGAGAUGGUUUGCACAAAUGGCAGUUGGAGUCCAAGUACAACAUGUAGAAUGAAUUGGUACUUUGAUGUGCUCUAUUUAUGUAUGUAAAACAGUCCAGAAAAACUGCUGCUGCACUCUGAAAUACUGAUGCACAGAAUCCACCAUUUCCUGGAUUUUUUUUGCAAGAGAGAUGCACAACCUGCCAGGAAUCCUAUUUACAAACCCAAAUGGUUUUGUUAGAUAAAAUGAAUGAAAAUCUUUAGAGGAAAAUAACAAAGUGUUCAUUAAAUAAAGAUGAAACUACCUAAAAGUACCUUGCCCUCCAUUCUUAGAGAAAAAGCUCUGAUUUAAGGAAAUGUCCAGUUACAAGCUCAACUUGUCUCACCAACUUGAACUGAAUUUCAGUUGUCUUAAAUAGUUGGUUUAGAAUAAUGUCUGAUACGUUGUGUGUACCAGCAGUUUCAGUCAUGUUGUAUUUAAUUUUACCCAAUCAAAAUGUACUGGUUGCCUUUUAGAUUCUCUUGCGGUGUGAUGCUCUCUAUUACAAACUUAUAAAUCCAGAGUGCUAAAAGUUAAGACAUUAAGACUACCUGAUAUGUUUUAAGUUGCUUUAAAAAGUUGGUUUACUUUGAAAUUGCAGGGCAUGCACCAUCUGGCUCUGUUCUGUUAGUAUAGAGCCUUUAAACAAGACUUGGGCUUUUCCAUGUUUUUCCUGUGCUUUUACACCAGGUUUGAUUGCUGCAGCUGGAAUGCAGUAUUGCAGAGUUCAAGUGAGUAGAUUCAUUAUAGUCUUACUACAGCUAAUAAUAUAUUUGGUUUUUAAUUCUUUUCUCUCUUUUAUUUUCACUUAUUAAUAGAGUUAGAUGAAAAUAAGAUCAGUUCUACCACACACAGGAAUUCCAGAUUGGGCAGCUGGCCCCUUUUCAGCAUAGUAAAAAGAAAGUACUUAGCUGUUGUUGUACAAUAAAAUAACAGUAUUUUUCUUUAGAUCUAGCAAGUAAGACCUCAGUUGGCAAUUUUUUUGCCCAUAUGAAGUUAAAACUUUCCCUGACGCUGGCCUAAGAAGCUGAGGUAGAAGCCUGUCUGUCCUGAGAGUUGCCUUCAGUGGGUGCUGCCCACAGGCAGCACUUUCCCAUGGCUAAGUUGAUGAUAUUUAGGUUUUUUUUUAAUUAGAAGACAGAGAAUGAGUUGUGAAUUCCCCAUGGCCUCCUAGGUGUAGGAGAUUAGUAAGUGUGGGUGUGAGCUGGGAAACGUUUAGUUGCUGCAUUAGGAAAGGUAUUGGGAAAUGGAGUAUGCUUGAAUAGAAGCCUCUCAGUGGGAGGUGGAUAUGUUUUUUUAGCAUAGUCAGAAUGUAAUGUCCAGCCCUUUCUGUCUGCAUAAGCUACGUGUUUAACAGGAUUCUGCUUGCCGUCAGCAGUGAGUUCAGGUUAGUCAGCAUCACUACCAAUGUAAGCCAAUGAACUUUAACUAACUUUUUGUAGUAGUACAAGUAGGUGAAGUAUGAUCAACCACGUGUCCUGAGCAACAGUGCAAACACAUUUGGAAGUGUCUGAAGAGGCAGAUGAUGAGCUCCAGCAGUGGUGCAGUGAAACAGGCAAUGAUAGUUUGGCUUGAAGGGACUGAUCAUCAGCAAGGUCCUGUGGCCUCCCAGUCCUGUAGCUGAGGACACUUAAGAGGUAAACAUACAGUACAGAAAAGAUGCUGGGUGGUGGGGAACCCCAAGAGCCGGCACCAGAGACCCAGAUCAGCUCCUCAAUCUUAGGGAGUGGGGAUGAGCCAUAGGGACCCCAGAACCAUGCACUGCAGGGCUGGAACCGCUAUGCUGUGCCUCCCAGACUGCGUCAUGUCCUCCAAAUGACAGGGAAGUAAUGUAAUUAAUAAAAUUGCAACAUCUGUGAUUAAAGUGUUUCGUUAUCCAAAUUCAUUUUGUCUCCACACCGUCAUUUGCAAUUCAACCACCACAACUGACUGAAAGCAAAAUAUAUUUGCUUAAAGGGUGCACUUAUCAAAAGGCAGAGCUUUGAACCAAUAGAACAUUUUGCAGUGCAAUAAUUUAUACCUUUAACAUUCAAAAAAUAACCUUGAGGUUUUAAAGUGGACAAAGCUAGUUAAAUGAAUAUUCAGCAAGUGAGGCAAACAUGAAUAGUGGGACUGCUCUAAAAAUAAUUGUCUGCAGUUACAGUGCUGAUGGUAGUAUAUUUCCACCAAGAGAAAAUAAUCCCUAAGUGACAACAACUGGAUUUUGUUAAGAAAAAAAGUCACAAGACCUGCAGGGAGGAGUGAUGGUUUUGCUGACAAAAGGUAAAAGACAUUCUUUUUCCCCCAUAUUUUGAAUAUGGAUAAUGUUUCGUUGCACAUUUACUUUUUUUGCACAUCAUUCAACUAAAUGGACUGUAUGUUUCAAAGUACAAAAAAUAACAGGCAAGUUGGGUGGUGUAUAACCUCAUACUUUUACAACCAAAACAGCAAUUGCCAAACAUACAACUAUUACUGUAAUUUUUAUUUUAUAGUUACUAAUCCAAAUAAUCCCCUCAUUAUAGGAUGUUUUGCUAAUGUGCAGUUGUAAGAAAGCAAGAAUAAUUUGAUAAAGAGGAGGCAAAUUAUGCUAUAUUGUUACAACUGUACUGCCAGAAAGCAAUUUCAGUUGAGAACUGCAGAGAUAAUUAACUUGAGGUUUGUUAGUCUCUGUGCAGGUUUGUUUUGACCAAAGUUGGUUUUGGAACAAGCCUUAUUUCAACAGAUGAAUGACACUGAAUCAUGCCCCUGGGCUGGGAACAGUUUACCAAGACCUGUAAAUAUGCAACCCAACUUUGCAUUUCAGAGAAGGCUGACAAAAAUAUUAAACCUCAGACUGAAUUUUGAAAACACAAGUGGUUAGAUACGAUUCUUAGUAUUUAGUUAAAAGUCUACCUAGAAACUCUUGGCAUCACUAUCCCUGCCUCCUUCCUUAGUUUAUUUUUGUCUGUCUAAAAAUGGAGAACUUAUUUCUACUAGAAGUAACUCUGUUGGCUUUCAUAUUUAUGAAAGUUCGUUUUCAUGUAAGACACUAACUUUGAUAUCAUCCGAAGUUCUUUGAACACCUACUGUCUGGCCAAAUGAGAGAACAAGCUAAAACACCUUUGUUCAGAUGCCUACUUCUGUGUUGCUCAGUGGAAUGACACAGGAAAAUAACAUUCGAGAUCUGGAAGUUUUCAUGGUUAGAAGUUACAGAUAGUAAACAUGUUAAUUUAAAUGGUCUUUUAUUGGGUCUUUUAUAUUAUAAUCUCUGAGCUCUCUGCAAACAUUAAGAAAACAAUCAUCUCCCCAGCUGUCUGAUUAUUUUUAUUAUAACAUUAUGGGGAAGAUUAUUUUUUCUACUGUAUGGGUUUUGUGUAUCUCUAAAACACAUUCCAUCUUAAUACAGCUGUUGGAUUUUGUGUUCGCAAAAGUAGAUGAGGUAACUGCUAGGCUCUAAUUCUGUUGUUAAUGGAACAUUAUUCAAAUACAAACUCCAGCACAUUGUCAUGUGCUUUACUUUUCAAAAUUGUGAAAUGAACUAUUGAAUUUCUUACUUGAACUUUUCCCUGUUCCUAAGCCCACUUCUCAGCCAGAUACAGGCUCCAGAAGAGGCUGUUUUGGAUUAGUCUUGAGGGUGUUUGGAAUUUAUCUUCUGAACUGCAGGCUCAAAGGUAUGCAGCCAUGUAAACAGCUCACUUCUGCUGGUGGUGCUGAUGCUGGUGGUGUGCUUUGGGCCUGGACCACAGUUUUAAGUCAAACAAAUACAAGUUCACACACUGAAAUUAUAUUACCUAGCUACUUACAUUAGAAGUAUUAGCAGAGAAAUAGCUAAUAGCUAAUUGGCUUGUUUUUUUUCAAGUACUUCGAUAAUUUAGGAGCAAAAACUUUGUUCCCAAAAUUGCCGUCGUUACAUUUCACAGCUAGAUCCUCACUGAGAUUAGCAGGUAGCACAGACUUCUCAGAAUGUUUUGGAGUGAUUCACAUCACUAAAUCAGCAGCGGUCAUGUCACCUUUUCAUGAUACAUUUUCACAGCUGUAAGAGUUGGAAACAGCUUUUUUAAAAUAAGCUCAUUUUAGCUGAGUUCUCAGUAUGGCAACAGUGAGAGCAAACAAAUCCUCCCAGAACCAGAACUCUCCUGGAAUCUCCAGAUCAGGUAAAAAUGACUGAAUAGUUUGAGUUCUGUGACAGAGAACAUACAAUAUAGAUUCCAAUUACACAGUCCCGUUAGGAAAUGCCACUCACCUACGUUUUUGCAGCCCAUCAUUUGCCUGUGCGGAAGUUGUACUCAAAAUACCAUCACUUACAUUGAUAGGACAAUUUGAAAACAGUCUCUUUUAAUGUGCAUUGAAAAGAAUGUUCAUAUUACACAAACUGACAAAGAGGUGCGUUUAGAAAUUGGUUGUAGUUUUAACUCGGGGGAUGAAAACAGCAGUAGCUCCUUGUUAGUUUAGGUUCUGCAGCUGCAAGUUCUGUUUACACGUCCUUAGCUAGCUACAGAAAUAAUUCCUGAUGAAAGGUUUCAUGGAGCAUCUGUCCCAAACCAUGGAACUGUGUAUGUGGCGACCGGCCCGGCAGUGUUUCACAAUUUAUAUUUGGCACUUUGCUAUCCUGAAAUUGAUCUCUCACGUUACGUACAGGUUAUGUUGAACAGGUUACAGUCAUGAGAAAAGCAAGAGCAGGCUCUGGAUAAGCACAAACAGAUAAUGUUACAUGCAAGAAUGAAAAGGGCAGGGGGUUUUUUAAACAUGCGUCAUGCUUGGGAAUUUUUGUUUGCUCAUUUUCCCCUAAAUAAAGCAAAUAAUUUAUCAGGA